GCAUCAAGUACCGACUGUCAACUUGCCAUGGCAAAGAUUGCCAGAAGAGUGCUGGCUGUACCCGGCAGCGGCAUCCGAGAGGUCAUGUCCAAGUCCACAGCGCUGCGGGAUGCUGGCAAAGACGUUAUCAAUUGGCAUAUUGGUCGUCCUGACUUUGAUACCCCUCAGCACAUCAAGGAGGCCUGCAGCGCGGCGCUGCGCGCGGGCCACGUGCACUACGCCCCCGCCAGCGGCAUCCCUCAGCUCCGCGAGGCCUUGGCCCAGCGCGCCGAGGAGGAGUAUUCUGGAUAUGUGGACCCGGAGCGCGUAGUGGUGUGCAAUGGUGGCAUGGAGGCGGUCACGGUAAUGCUCCAGUCCCUGCUGGAGCCGGGCGACGAGGUGAUCAUGCCAACGCCCAACUGGCCCAAUAUGAAGUGGGCCGUGGUCUUGGCAGGGGGCAGCCCAGUGGAAGUGCCGCUGGAAGAAGGCGUGCUCACGGCAGAGGCGAUACUGAAGGCGACCACGGAGCGGACAAAGAUUCUAGUCCUCUCGUCGCCUGGGAACCCCUUGGGCACCGUGACCAGCAUGGCCGAGCUGCAGAACAUCAGCAAGGUGGCGGUCCAGAAGGACCUUCUAGUGCUCAGUGAUGAGACCUACACAAGGCUCUACUAUGGUGCUGGUCUGACUGCACCAUCGAUCCUGGCGGUGGAGGGCAUGUCCGCCCGCAGCUUUGCAGCUGGGACCUUCUCCAAGACCUACGCCAUGGAUGGAUGGCGCCUGGGUUGGCUCCUUUGCCCAGACAUCGAUACAGCUGCGGCAGUGGCAAAAACGAGGUACUACUUUUCCUCCUGCUCGCCAACGUUCACGCAACACGCCGGUGUCGCGGCUUUGAGGUCCUCCCAGGAUUGCGUGGCCGAGAUGUUGGCGGAGUAUGACCAGAGGAGACGGGUCUUGGUGGACGGACUAGCCAGCAUCCCCGGGGUAAAGCUGCAGGGCUGCCCUGAGGGCGCCUACUACGUCUUCCCGGACCUCUCCGCGUUCGGGGACUCGCAGGACCUCGCAAGAUAUCUCUUGGAUGAACAUCACAUCGCAGUGGUGGAUGGAGGCGUCUUUGGAGAGGAGGGCAAGGGCCACGUGCGCAUUGCCUACUCUUGCUCAACAGAGGACUGCCGCCGAGGUGUGGAGCGGCUCGGCCGUGCGCUGCGCGCAAGGCGCAUUCCGCCGGCGCCAGUGGUGUUGCAGGAGGGCGGCAGCAGCAGCUCCAGAGGUCGGCCUGGGCUUUUGGAUUGGAGCUGGAGCUCUUUGACCGGAGCGGGGCUGCUCAUUUGGUGCCGGCCAAGCCUUACCUGCCGCGGUGCCCGUGGCGAGAGAGCCUUCCGCGGGAACUCCAAGGGCCGCUUCCGGAAGAGGCGCGCUCCUUCCCAUCCCAAGGAGCAAGAGCGGCAGCGAGAGUCCGUGAUCGUGCCGGAAGGAUGGGGACUGCGGGCAGAGGGCUUGAAGAAGCCAUGGACCGCACCAUGGUACAAGAAGAGACUGGCACGUGGUGAGAUUCCCUUGCAGGGCUUUGAGAAGGAGCUCCAAAGCCUGGACCGAGCGCCUGUGCGGGACUUUGCGGAGAUGUUGGAGCAGGGGAGGUUGGAUCAGGGCAAGUUCGAGGUGAUGGAGCAGUCCAACAUUUCAGCUGCUCGCAGCCGAUUUCAGGUGAGCCACCCAUCGGAGCUGGCAAAGAAGCUGCGUGAGCUCUGGCGCGAGACGCCGGAUGAGGAGAAACCCAUGCUCUUUCCUCACUUCCGGAAGGCCUUUGAUUGGGAUGCCCGUGAAUCGCCGGAGGCAGGGCGCAAGGCACCGGAGCACUUCUUCUCUCAGAAGCGCUGGGAGGAGGUUGAUAGCAUCACUGCAGAGACGACAAGUCUUGUCAAGGGCAUGCAGCUCCCAAAGCCCUCCAGGAUCCAGUUCCUGAGCUUCCCGGACAUCAUAAAAGGUCGGCACUCGGUCAUUGCUGACCAAUCGGGCUCGGGCAAGACACUGGCCUACCUUCUACCACUGCUGCAGCGCUACGUUCUUUCUGCGGAUCCUGAGGAUCACCGGCUCAAGCUGAUUGUGAUAGCACCCACCUCGGACCUGGUUCAUCAGAUUGCGGACGUCGCUCGCGUCGCCUCAGCGCAUGGUCGCGCCUUCCGCGUGACCACCAUCGUUGGGGGCGGAGGGUACAAUGCGCGGCACCAGCGGCGCCGUAUCCAGGAGGGCUGCGAGCUAAUUGUGGCAACCCCGGGACGCCUGAAGUUCUUCAUGGAGGAGGACUACGUGCUGGACAAGGAGAUUUGGAACAGCUGUCAGGCUGUUGUUGUCGAUGAGGUAGAUGCGCUUGUCGGCGAAGAGGGCAACUUGAAUGUCCCACAGCUGAAGAUCCAGCUGGCGCCGGGAGUGCAAUGGGUCUUCGUCACUGCGACCGUCUCCGAGGCCGCAAAGACAGAGAUCCAAAGCUUGGAGGCGCAGCUGGGGAUUGAAGCCUCGGAUAAAGGGAAAGAGUCUGUGAAGGUCGCGUGGACCAAAGGCCCGGGCCUGCACCGCGUGCCGCUGAACUGCAACCACGUGCUCAUCGAUUGUACACCUAUGGACUUCUACAAUGAGGAACCUCAGCAGAAACUUCAAGUUGCCAUGGAAAGCAAGAUCAGCGCGUUGGUGUGGCACAUGCAGAAGGGUGUCCUACGGGAAGAGGGAGACAACAGGGUCGUCAUCUUCUGCAACACCAUCAACAAUUGCCAGCUGGUCUAUGACGCGCUCGAGAAGGUGAACCCCGACGAUCCUCGCAGCGGUGACAAGCAGUGGAAGCUCCUCCAGCUGCACGCGCUCCGGGACAAACAGGAGUACAACUGGAACAUGAACCUCUUCAGCUCUGAGAAGGUACCCGCAGCGGACUUCUUCAAGCGCCGCAUUCUGAUUUGUACGGACCGGCUCUCGCGCGGCAUGGACUUUGGGAGCCACCAGGUGAAAUGGGUGGUUCUCAUGGACUGGCCCCGCGAUGCCACUGAGUACAUCCGCCGAGUGGGCCGCACAUCGCGUGCCGGCGGAGCUGGCAGUGUCCUGACGCUGCUGUGUGGUCCGAAGGAGACGAGGAUGGCGAAGCAGAUCACCGCGGCAGCCGUCCGAAGCUUGCGCCUCACGAACGCGGGCGACUUCUCCGAGCAGAUGAGGUGCUUGGAGCGCUUUGAUCCGGCAGCAGAAGACUGGCGCUCGCAGAGGGCGGCGGCGCCAAAGCCGAUUUGGAAGACGCCAGAGAAGGUGGCCAAAGAGGAGGCGGAGCAGAUCGCAGAGGACAACAGGGAGCUUACAGAGAAAGAGCUGCGCGAGCUCUUUGAGGAGGCUGACAUGGGCCCCAUGGACGAAGACAUUUGGGACGACGACGACGCUUCCGCAAGGUUCGAGCCAUGGCAGGAGGACAUGGUUGACGAGGAUGACGCCGAUCUGUGGGAGGACAGCCCCUUUGACGAGGGCAGCCUUGGAAUCAGUCUGCAGGGCUGA